UAGGAUGGAGAAUACCAGCGCUAAGAUCCAGUCAGACUAUGAGGGUGCAUUUCGAAAAGCGGAGCUGACAUUUCUUUACGCAAGAGUCUAUGAUCCUAUCACUAAAUCCAUGGUGCAUCUGAGCCCAGUGCCAGAAGAGCUCCAAGAACUCUUCCAGACCGAAGAAUACGAUUUUCUUGGGCCAGUUCUCGAAGAAACCAUCAUACAGGAUAUUGCGAUGGGAAAAAUAAACCCGAUUUCCAAAGCUAAGCUUAGCUACCCAUUAAAUCAAUGGCCAAUGCAAAAGCCGACUCAGAUACUUACUGGAAAGGAAAAUAAGUUGAGUCAUGUAUUGCAUCGAUAAGUAUCUGCGCCCGUCAAUGCCCUCAACGAAGUCGAUUCAUGCAUACUUUGGGAAAGCACCAAUGCCAACAGCAACAUCACCAUCAAUAUCCUCAUCAAUACUUUCGAAAGCGGAUAUUUUAGUUACAGAGAAGGCUCAAAAGCGAGAACCACUCCCAGCUCCUGGUGUGAUUUCAAAACGAAGGACUCUUGAAAAGACACCAUUAUCUGAAUCCACAUCUUUAAUUGUAGUUGAAGCACGCAGUCGUUUCUUUGGACUCGAAGCCUCUUUAGAGUCUAGCGAAGGCGGAUAUGCUACCAAAAAAACGCGAUCGCCAGUGAUCCGAGAGGAUAGUGGCACAGGUUUGGACGAGGCAUGUUUACUGCAGCUUCCAUCGAUCUAUGGCUCUCAACAAGAUGCGCACAGCUCCUCAUCUCAGGAAUCAUCCAAGUCAGAUAGCCCAUCGUUGGUUUUAUCUACACCUUCCUCUCAGGAGAUAUCAGAAACUAAAAAAGCAGAGACCAAAGUGAUUCAGGGAUGGCGCGAGAAAUUCUCUAACCCCCUCGGACCUACAUUAACUGCCGCCACAGGACUUACACGGACAUUUCAGCCAGGUACUGUAAAGGUCAAGAGCAUGCGAUCAUCAGCAAAGAGCCAUUCAUCAAAACAUCCGAGAGCAGUCAGUUCAAUGCAGCAAGAACGGGUCAAGAGCUCAUGUCAGGAUACAUCGACAGUCUUGAAUAAGACUCCAAAGCAUCUACCCCUACAUUCUAUUAAUAAUAAUAAUAUACAUUACCAAACAAAUACCAUGCAUCGACCAUCCGAUUCUUAUCCCAGAACUUUGAUUACCAAGUCCCCCAAAGCAAGCCUACCACACAUGUCGGACGUGGUCAUGUUACGAUUGGGAGGAGCAAAUGCUCUGCCGCAGACAAUAGAGGCUGAGAAUGAGAACGAAAGCGGUAAUGUAAGGAGCACGAUGCUGAAUCUUGAUCGUUUCAAAUAUACCCCUGUCAUUACUCCUGCAGUACCAGAGAGUCCAUAAAUAGGUGUUGUAGGGUGUUUGGAUGCUAAUUGAUGUGCUGUGUGACGUUCUCAUCCCUUGUAUUGAACAUAUUGAACAUACAAUAAAGCGCACUAAUUUUUUCGAUCCUGAAC